AUGGCGCAUUCAGAAGACGAGGUCUCCGAGGGAUCGUAUGAGUCUGAUAUCUCAGGCGAGGAGCAGGCUGGGACCCAUGACCGUGCUCCCAAAAGACGCCGUCUCUCCGAGUCUUCAAACGACUCCUACGUUGCUCCAGCGCCUCUACCCACCCUCUCUCGCAUCAAGAAGAAGGAUGAGAACGCCACGAAGGCUGAACCGGCAGACGAAGAGGACCCGGUUCUUAUAAAGGAUGCUCUUGAUAUUGGCCUGCGGAGCGAAGAAUCUACCUUUGGAGCUUUGGGCGUGUCCCCAUGGCUUGUUGGCUCUCUAACGACUCUGGCUGUCCGACGACCAACAUCUAUUCAGAAAGCGUGUAUUCCUCAGAUUAUUAAUGGACGAGACUGCAUCGGUGGUAGCCGGACUGGCUCUGGUAAAACAAUUGCUUUUGCUGUUCCUAUGCUGCAAAAAUGGGCGCAGGAUCCGUUUGGUAUAUAUGGGCUGAUCUUGACUCCGACUCGAGAGCUUGCGCUCCAGAUCUACGAGCAGAUCAAGGCCAUUUCUGCCCCACAAAGUAUGAAGCCUGUUCUCAUCACCGGUGGUACCGAUAUGCGCCCCCAGGCCAUCGCCCUCGCAGAACGACCGCACGUCGUAAUAGCAACCCCCGGUCGACUAGCGGAUCACAUCAAGUCCUCCGGCGCAGACACAAUGGCCGGGUUAAAACGAGUGAAGAUGGUCGUGCUCGACGAAGCCGAUCGACUUCUCACCAGUGGCCGCGGCAGCAUGCUCCCAGACGUGGAAACCUGCCUCGGCGCCGUCCCACCCUCCAAAGACCGCCAAACGCUCCUAUUCACGGCCACCCUGACUCCGGAAGUGCGGGCACUGAAGGAAAUGCCGCCCUCCGAGGGAAAGCAGCCUGUUUUCAUGACCGAGAUCUCGACCGAAGACCAGGGCAAGAUCCCGCCGACCCUCAAACAGACCUACUUGAAGGUUCCUAUGACACACCGCGAAGCUUUCUUACACGUUAUUCUCUCUACAGAGGGGAAUGUCUCGAAGCCAGUCAUAGUUUUCUGCAACCAUACCAAGACGGCGGACAUGCUGGAGCGCAUGCUCCGACGGCUCGGCCAUCGUGCUACUUCCCUGCAUAGUCUGCUUCCGCAGUCGGAGCGUACGUCGAACCUUGCUCGGUUCCGGGCUGCGGCCGCGCGGAUACUCGUGGCUACGGAUGUGGCGUCUCGUGGUUUGGAUAUCCCUAGCGUCUCCCUGGUCAUCAACUUCGAUGUUCCUCGGAAUCCGGAUGACUACGUUCACCGUGUUGGUCGUACCGCCCGUGCCGGUCGAAGUGGUGAAGCUGUUACCAUGGUUGGGCAGCGAGAUGUGGAGCUUAUCCUGGCUAUCGAGGAGCGAGUGGAAAGGCGGAUGGAAGAAUGGGCUGAAGAAGGAGUUAAUGUCGAAGGCCGUGUGGUUCGCAGCGGUGCUCUCAAGGAGGUCGGUGCGGCAAAGCGGGAGGUUAUUGGAGAGAUUGAGGAAGGCCGUGAUGUACUUGGCCGGAAGCGUAAUAAGCUGAAGAAGGUCCGGUAG